UCAGCCGUUAGCCUUAUCCCUCGCCCUUCCUCCUCUCCAACGCACGGCGCUCCCUCUAUCCUCUUCCCAUGGCUGAGCGCGCUUGGAUCUUCUCCCUGCCAGGCGUUCGGCAGCUCGGCCGCUCGUUCCUCUCCGCUGCUCGCCGGUUCCCUUUCCCCAAGCUCCAUGGCUGCUGCACCUCCCCAGCCGAGCGGCUCUUCCCCACGGCGCUCCCUCCCUGCUUCUCCUUCCCUCUCGCGUCUUCUCCUCGCCGGCGUGCUCCUGCUCCAGCCAUAGGACGCGCCCCUGCUUCCAUGGAUGCCGCACCCGCUGCUUGCUCCCCUUGCUUCUCCAGUCCGAGCUCCUUCCCCUCGCCUUCCCAUGGCCAGCUUCGAGCUCACCCAGCCCUUUCUCUGUUUCUUUCACGGCCGAGUCUCUUUUUCCAUGGUUGCAGCCGUUUUCCUGUGCCGCGGCCUCGCCCAGCCGUUCCUCCUCUUUCCUCUAGCUCGGGUUCAGUCCAGUUCGCCCUUGCGCUUGCCAUGGUGGCCGUCGUGCCCAUGCCGACCGGAGCUCGCUCGGCUGCGGUCUCGUCCCGGCUCCCUGCUACGGCUCGCCACGUCCCUGUGUUUGAAUUCGUCGACCUUCACUCUUCUCCCCAUGGUCGGACAACCUCGUCGAUGCUGCUAUUUGGUGGUCGCCUCUUGGCCUAAUUUCGUCAUCACAUCCGCGCUCCUUUGCUUGGCCCGUCGUCGUUCUCCAGCUGUUCUGCGCGUUUGUCGGGCCGUGCUGUGUGCCAGAGUUCCCUCCCGGCAGACCUCGUCGUCGCCAAUGGUCACAGAUCUCGUCCUCGCCUCCUGUGCGCACUGACAGCACCGUCUCCUCUGUGCUCGCUGGCCAUCACGGUGUCCCCAGUCUGUCGCGCCGCACUCUAGUCGUCGAUUCGCGGUCGUGUCUGUUUCUUCAUCGAUCUCCCUCAACAGACUCGCCCUUCACCUCUGGUCGUGCCAGCAGGAACUUGAGUCGCCAUCCUUGACGUUUGUUGAUGCGCAGGUCGCCUUGGCCUAGGCCGUCGUCUUUCACCUAGCAGCUCGUCACGGGACCAGGUGUCGAGCUCCUUUCCCAACAAACGCUAGACCUGCUCCUGCGUUCGCCAUCAGCCUUAGCUCGUCGGUCACGCUCGCCAGAUGUUCGAUCAAGGACUUCAACUGAAGGCCAUUGUCGUUCGUGCAAACAUCGAAUCAAAUUGUCAUGUGGUAAGCUAAUUCGUUAUUUUUGCUACUGGUUCGAAGAUUGGAUUAAGUAAAUUUAUUAGGUAUGUUAGUUCUCUUGUCAAUAGCACACGAGCGUUGUGGUUGUAUUUAAUGAUUGUCAAAAUACGUCCUCAUAUAUAUAAUGUGUGGUUAUGUACAUGAAUGUGGAGUAGUCGUAGUGUGCGGCAAAGCUUAGAUUAAGAUGCAAAUUAUGCGCAGCGGGAGUAUGGUGGGAUUUGUAAAGCUAGCAAUAGGUUUAGUAUCUCGAAAGAGUAGUCGACAUGCUCCGUCAAUGCUAUG